CCAUAAUUCUUUGCUGUUCUAUAUACUAAAGUAUGUUCCUAUUGUGACAUAAAAUACUUAAUUUAUAUAAAUUAAUUUAUGUGUUCGUGCCUGCAUUUCUUAAUUUAGUGUGACCGCUUUUUAACUACUUACGAACAAUUUUGUUUACUUUUUAUCUUUGGAAUAUUUUAAGUUUUAGUUGAGUGCUUAAUAAAGCAAACUUUUUAUUAAUUUUUUUUUUUCAUAAAUAAUUUCAUCAAGAAAACUACCUUGCAAGUCACCGGUUAAAUCACUGUUUAAUUACCCAAUAACACGAUUUAAGCCAUACAAAAAUUAUUGUGUAAUCUAAUUUCCCAACUAUCCUAUUUCCCAACAUAUACAAAUGAGAGUCAAAUUAUAGCGGACUGAGUUUACAUGUGUUUUCAACCAGUUUUAGUAAGGGUGGAAUUUACUCAUGUGUGGCCUCACGUGAACACAGUUUCUCUUUAGAAAAUAAGUGACAAAAAUAAAGGCAAAAUAAAAAUAACUAAAUUCAUUUUAAAUAUAAAUGAGAAUGAAAUUCGAUUACAUAACCCGCUUGGUUCUCUCUAAGGGUUUCAUACCGAUCUAACACACAAGUGUGCCGUGUAUAGCUACUUUAAGCAAGUCCCCCGAGCUCAUUCAAUUCGGCUUACAAAAAGUGUAAACACUGCGAAAUAUAACAUUUUCAAGCGUGAACUAGUAUCAAAGAUAUAUUAUCUUUGCUAGUAUAAAAAAUUGCCCAUUUUGUGCUAAUAGAAUUUGGGUCUUAAAAAUAAUAUCAACUGAUUCGCUUUUAUAUUGUGGUAAAAAUAUGCCAGAAGAAACAGAACUAAGUUGGGAAGGUUUAAAACGCCGCAAUUUACCCUGGAUAGAGAAAUACCGGCCUACGAAAUUCGAAGAGAUUGUGGGAAAUGAAGACACAAUUGCACGUCUUUCUGUGUUUGCAAGCCAAGGAAAUGCUCCAAAUAUAAUUAUAGCGGGUCCACCUGGUGUAGGAAAGACGACCACCAUUCAAUGUCUAGCUCGUAUAUUGCUUGGGGACAACUACAAAGAAGCUGUCCUUGAAUUAAAUGCAUCAAACGAACGUGGAAUCGACGUAGUUCGUAACAAAAUAAAAAUGUUCGCACAAAAAAAAGUUACUUUACCAAAAGGUAGGCAUAAAAUAGUUAUAUUGGACGAAGCGGACAGUAUGACAGAAGGAGCUCAGCAAGCCCUCCGCCGAACCAUGGAGAUUUAUAGUAAUACAACAAGAUUUGCGCUAGCAUGCAACACUAGUGAAAAAAUAAUUGAACCAAUCCAAUCCCGUUGUGCCAUGCUUCGUUUCACAAAGCUUUCAGAUGGUCAAGUACUUGCCAAGUUGAUUGAAUUAUGUCAACGUGAACAGGUCUCAUAUGAGGAAGAAGGAUUAGAAGCAAUCGUUUUUACUGCUCAAGGAGAUAUGAGGCAAGCGUUAAAUAAUUUGCAAUCGACUGCUCAAGGAUUCGGUACGAUUACGGGUGCUAACGUAUUUAAGGUUUGUGACGAACCUCAUCCUAUGCUUAUACAAGACAUGUUGCAGCAUUGUACUCAAAAUGAUAUACACAAAGCCUACAAAAUUCUAACCAAGUUGUGGCGUCUUGGCUAUGCCUCAGAAGAUAUAAUAGGAAAUAUAUUUAGGGUAUGCAAGCGUCUUAACGUGGAUGAAAAUAUUAAACUUAAUUUUAUCAAAGAAAUUGGCGUGACUCAUAUGAAAGUUGUUGACGGUUUAAACUCUUUCCUCCAGCUCACGAGCCUUUUGGCUAAAUUGUGCGACACUGCUGAAAAUUAAUACAAUAAAUAACAAAAACUGGUUGUAAUUACAUUAUCUAAUAGUACAUUUUAAAAUAUACACUUGAUUGCUCUAGAUAUUCAAGCAUAAAUAUAAGUCUAUUUUUGAAUACUUUAUCUCAAAAACUAAAA